UCUGAUCGAGCUGCUUUCUUCCCUUUCAGCUGGUUUACUCUGUCUUCCCUUGGAGCUGAGAUCUCUCUGCCUUCCUCCAUAGGAGCUGAGAUCGCUGUGCCUUCCGGAAGCCAGCUCUGUGCAUGCAGGUCCCAGGUCAACCUCCUGCCCUGGGAGCCUUCAGCCUCCCCAGUUCAGCCUGCAGACCGCCAAGGCCUGGCCCAAGCAGGGAGCCUGGAGCUAGAAGGGAAUGGCCUGGAUUCUGGAGAUCCCCAGCCCAGGAGUUGGUGACAUUCCAGGAUGUGGCUGUGGACUUCACCCAAGAGGAGUGGGGCCUCUUGGACCCUCCUCAGAAGGAGCUGUACAAGGAGGUCAUGCUGGAGAAUGCCCAGAACCUGCUGUCCCUGGGUAUUCCAGUUCCCAAAAAAAGUUUGAUCUCCCAUUUCGAGCAAAGGGAAGGACCAUGGAUACUGGCGAGGGAAGACCCAAGACACUCUUGUCCAGAUGGAGAGACCAGGCAUGAAAUGAGGGAGACUACUUCAGAGCUGAGCAUUUCUGUGGGAGAAUCACGACAGCCAAGAUACAUGAGUGAUGGUCACUGUGACCCCAAUUUAAGAGCUAUCUGUGACUCUGAUAUCAAGAUAAAGAAAAAACAAAAGAGUCACUCUGAAUUUGAUAAAGAUGGAAAGAGCUUCAGACAAUAUUCAGUCCUAAUUCACUGUAAGAACAUGACCUCAGGGAAUGACUGUUCUCAGGAUAUUGAAUAUAGGAAAUGCUCUACUGAAGAGGUAAAGGUUGUUGAGUCUCAUGAAAAUCCUCCUGAAGUGCAAACUUACCAAUGUGAGAUGGCCUUCAGCUUGAAUUCAGACCUAAUUAGACAUCAGAAGAGUCAUAGAGGAAACAUGCUUUAUGUCUGUAAUGAAGGUGAGAAAGCCUUCAGCCAUAAUUCAGAGCUCAUUGACCAACAGAAAAUUGAGAAUUCAAGGAAACAUUGUAGAUGUAAUGAAUGUGAUAAAGUCUUUAAGCAACAGUCAUUCGUUAUACACCAUCAGAAAUUUCAUACUACUGAAAAGCUACAUAACUGUAUGCAAUGCGGAAAGGCCUUCAGGAGACAGUCAUCCCUUAUUUCCCAUCAGAGAAUUCAUACUAGAGAGAAACCCCAUGAGGGUCAUGAAUGGGAUAAAGCUUUCAAUGAAAAGUCAUCCCUUAUUGUACAUCACAGAAGCCACACUGGAAAGAAACCUUAUGAAUGUAACCAGUGUGGAAAGACUUUCAGACAGCGCUCUUAUCUUUCUGUACAUCAGAGAAUUCACACUGGAAAAGAACCUUAUAAAUGUAAUCAAUGUGAAAAGACUUUCAGACGCAGUUCCAAUCUUACUAAUCAUCAGAAACUCCACACUGGUGAGAAAUCUUAUGAAUGUGAUCAAUGUGUAAAGGUUUUCACACAGAGGGCCACUUUUACUAAACAUCAGAGAAUCCACUCUGGAGAGAAACCUUAUGAAUGUAGUCAGUGUGGAAAGGCUUUCAGAAAGAACUCCAAUCUUGCUCAGCAUAAGAGAAUCCACACUGGAGAGAAACCUUAUAAAUGUAAUCAGUGUGGAAAGACUUUCAGACACAGCUCCAAUCUUACUGUACAUCAGAGAAGCCACACUGGAGAGAACUGUUAUGAAUGUAAUCAAUGUGGAAAAGUUUUCACACAGAAGGCCACUUUUACUAAACAUCAGAGAAUCCACACUGGAGAGAAACCUUAUGAAUGUAAGCAAUGUGGAAAGACUUUCACUAACUCAUCUAAUCUUGCUGGACAUCAGAGAAUCCACACUGGAGAGAAACCUUAUAAAUGUAAUCAGUGUGGAAAGAGUUUUAGACACAACUCCAGUUUUGCUAAACAUCAGAGAAUCCACACUGGAGAGAAACCUUAUGAAUGUAAUCAAUGUGGAAAGACUUUUAGACACCACUCUAGUCUUGUUAAUCAUAAGAGAAUCCACACUGGCAAGAAACCUUAUGAAUGUAAUCAAUGUGGAAAAAAUUUCAGAGAGAUCUCUGAUCUUGCUGAACAUAAGAGAAUCCACACUGGAGAGAAACCUUAUGAAUGUAAUCAAUGUGGAAAGGCUUUCAGACACAGCUCCAGUGCAUCUGCACACAAGAGAAUCCACACUGGAGAGAAACCUUAUGAAUGUAAUCAAUGCGGAAAGGCUUUCAGACUGAGCUCUAGUCUUGCUGCACAUCAGAGAAUCCACACUGGAGAGAAACCUUAUGAAUGUAAUCAGUGUGGAAAGGUUUUCACACAAAGGGCCAAUUUUGCUAAACAUCAGAAAAUCCACUCUGGUGAGAAACCUUAUGAAUGUAAUCAAUGUGGAAAGACUUUUGCAAACAAAUCCAAUCUUGUUGAACAUCAGAAAAUCCAUACUGGAAAGAAACUUUAUAAAUGUAACCAAUGUGGAAAGAGUUCCAGAGAGAGCUCCUGGCUUGCUCAACAUAAGAGACUCCACACUAGAGAAAACCCUUAUGAAUGUAAUCAAUGUGGUAAAACCUAUCAGGAACAGUCAUCCCUGAUUGCCCAUGUGAGAAUUCAUACUAGAUAUAAAUCUUAUCACUGUAAUGAAUGAGAGAAAGCAUUCAAAUGAAGAUGUGGUGAAACAAUUUUGCAGCCUAUGACAAUGUAGAAAGUUGGCAGGAAAGAGCUGUCUCACUUGGGUGAGAGUAGAGUAGAUAUCAGAAAAUUCAUUCUGGGGACAAGCUUGAUAUGAACUCAAUGUGAGAAAACCUUCAGUAAGAGAUCAUCUCUUUAUAUCAGAGGAUUCAUAGUGGGGAGAAACUUUAUUACUGCGCUAAUUGGGGACAUGCCUUUUGAUGGAAGAGGGAAGUCCCUAAAUAUCAGAAUAUUCACGCUGGAAAUAAGGCUCAUAAAAGCAGUGAUUGUGGGAAAGCCUUGACAUGGAGGUCAUACUUGACAUUGGAGAAAUUAUGCUGGAGAUAAAACUUAUGAAUCUAAUUAAUAAGUAAACCUUUUGCUUGAGCACAGAUGUAGACAUUCCAAAUUUCAUACUGUGCAUAAAGUCCUAUAAAUGUAAUGAAUUUUUCUCUGAAAGACUAUUAUUUUUUUCAGUACAUCUCAAUAAUAUUCCAUAGCAUUUGUAUACUGUAACUUCAUCAGGCUUUCCCACUUUAUUAAAAUACUCAUUUGUUUCCUGUU